AUGGAAAACGCAAAUGGACUUGUUCGUGAUGAUGCUGGAAUCUGGAGGGACCAAGAGGGUCAUGUGUGCAAUGAGAGAGGCCAACGACUUGAUGGAGAUGGUAAUAUCAUUCCACAGGAACCUUUACCUGUGGAUGUUGUUAACGCAAAUCCACCACCUGCACCACGUGGUAAUGCUGUGAUCAUUCCAAAUCAGACGAAUGUUCCAGAAGACCAGAAUGUGAGGGAACCUGCACCUGCAGCUGCUCGUGGAAGAACACUUGGAGACUACAACAGGCCUGAGCAGUUCUAUGCAAAUCGGUCCGCGAUUCCCGCCCCUGCAUUUCAAAGGAAUGAUUUUGAGCUGAAACCUGUGUACUACACUCUUGUGGGUCAGCAUCCCUUUCAUGGUCACUCUCAUGAGCACCCUAUGAAUCACAUCGAGAGGUUUGAGGACCUUUUGGAGCCAGGAUCACUUACUAUCUGGGAAGAGAUCAGGAACGCCUUCCUGCAUAACUUCUAUGAUGAUGCCAGACCUGAAGAGCUGAGACUCAAAAUCUCGACAUUCUCUCAAGGACCAACUGAGGCGUUCAAGGCUGCUUGGAGGUAUCAGAUGGCUCUUGAUGCAGCAAGCAAUGAAAAUUUCAACACCAGAUACCCUGAAAAAGCUGUUGUGCUCAUCGAAAACUUGGCAUCUAGCAAUAAUUCCAAGAAUGCUGAUAAUGAGCGAAAGAAGCACACUGGGAACAUGGAUGGAUUGCAGAUUGCUGAGGUGAAGGCUAAGCUUGACUAUGUGCAUAGAGUUUUAGUGGGUAAGAAGUCUGUCCGAUUCGCACAGGAGGUAGAAAGUUUCGAACCAGAAGAUGAAGCUGAGGAGGAAAUGUCAAUUUUGUCAAUGGAUCAUGGUUUCAAGGUCAGAGGUUUGGUAAUCAGCAAGAAGUCCUACUCCAACAACAGUUUUUCCAGAAACUAUGGCAUUUCUCCAACUCAAACUCAAACUCCUGACAAUGAGGUGAAGUCGAUGCUGGAACAGAUUCUGGAAGUACAACAGAAGCUCACCAUGGACUUUAAUGGAAAGAUCGAUGCUCUCUACCUUGAUCUGAAUGGGAAAAUCGAGGCUUUGAACACCCAUGUCAAGCAGCUCGAUACACAGGUUGCUCAAACUGCUGGUUCUGUUAAAAGGCAAGAAUUUUUUUUACCUGGAAAGACUGACACCGAUCCGAGGCCCCACUGCAGUGCCAUCACAUUGAGAAGUGGUAAAAAGUUGAUUUCUGAGCCCAAAAAGACGUCUUCUGCUGCUGAAGUCAUGGAUUUGGAAGAUCCUGAAGAAGUUCCUGAAGUUGCAGAGCCGGUGUCGAGCGACACCACAACUAGUGUCGCGCGUCACCAAUCGCAGAGCAGAGCUGAUAUUGUUCCAAGUCCGAAAUCUGCUGAGGAAAAGGUUUACAAACCUAAGGUUCUUUACCCAAGGAGCUCUAAGAAAUCCAAGCAGGAGCUAGAUGAUGCAAGGUGCAAGGCUUUGAUGGAAAAGCUUGUGAUUGAGAUACCUUUAGUUGAUGCUAUGAAGAUCACUCUUGUCAUCAGACGCUAUGUGAAGAGGAUGGUGACCAACAAUCUCAGCCAUGAACAGGGAGUGAUGAUGAUUUCUGAGCAUGUCAGCGCUGUGAUUCAGAACAGGAUUCCAGAGAAAUUGUCUGAUCCAGGAAGCUUUGUUUUGGAUUGCUCCAUCUUCACGGAGAUAUUCAAGAGAUCGCUAUGUGAUCUGGGUUCAAGUGUCAAUCUCAUGCCAUACUCAGUAGCUGUCAACCUCGGUAUGACUGAUUUCAAGCCAACGAAGAUCUCUCUUAUCCUAGCUGAUCGAUCGACGAGGAAAACUGAAGGAGUGCUGGAAGAUGUUCCGAUCAAGGUUGGAGAUUGCAUGAUACCAACUGAUUUUGUCGUCUUGGAAUAUGGAGAGGAACCCAAGGAUCCUUUUAUCCUUGGGAGACCUUUGCUAGUGACUGCAGGUGCAAUCAUCGAUGUCAGGAGGGGUCGAAUUGCUUUGAAUGUUGGGGAUUUAGUUAUGAACUUUGACAUGGACAAGCUGAUGAAGAAGCCCACCAUCGAUGGUCAAAUCUUCUACGUCGACACACUCACAGGCUUCGCAGAGGAGAUGUUCCAGGAAAUGCACCCUGUAGAUCCACUGGAGAGAGCUCUGAUCUCAUCUGUGUCUGAAGCAGAGCACCUGGACGAAAUUACAGCAUUAUGA